CGUACGUGACCGAUAGCAAUACACACACACACACCCCCCGACCGAUCGAGAGAGUUUUCGCGGGUUUUUGUCCCUCGCGCGUACGUACGUGGUCCAUGCUGCUCCGCCUGAGGGUCGUCGCCGUCCAUCCGGCGGCGCCGCUCCUUGGGCGGCCGGGCGACCAUGCCGCUCCCCUGCUUGGGGGCGCGGCGAGGCGGAGGAGGAGGAGCAGCAUCACGGUGACGAUGGCGCUCAAGGAAGAGCCUGAGGGCAGCCGUAGUGGCUUCGCCGGCGGCGGGCCGAGCUGGGACCCCGGCCUUGAGAUCCAAGUCCCAUUCGAGCAAAGACCGGUGAACGAGUACUCUGCACUUAAGGAUAGCGUGCUGUACUCGUGGGCAGAGUUGAGCCCCGUGUCCUUCUUCCUGCGCCUGGGCGGCCUGUGGCUCAUCACCUUCACCGUGCUCGCCGCGCCCAUUGCAGCCGCAAGUUUCAGUCCUGGAAAGGAUCCACUCAAGUUUGUGCUGGCAGCUGGGAUUGGCACUCUGCUCCUCGUGUCUCUGGUUGUCCUAAGGAUCUAUCUGGGUUGGAGCUACGUUGGUGACAGGCUGUUGUCGGCAGUUGUGCCGUACGAAGAAACCGGAUGGUACGACGGCCAAAUGUGGGUCAAGCCACCAGAGGUUUUGGCUCGCGACAGGCUCUUGGGAUCUUACAAGGUAAAGCCGGUGAUUAACCUGCUGAAGCAGACGCUGGUGGGCACCGGCGCGCUGCUGGUCGGCGCGGUGUCGCUCUUCGCGUUCGCCGGCCCGGUGGAGGACUUCCUCCACUCCUUGAACGCCCCCACAUCUGCUGCCUCCUCCAUCUCCAAGCCCAGCCUCAGGGAGGAGCUGCUGCGCCUGCCCGUGGAGGUGAUACAGGACGACGACCUCGCCGCUGCCGCCGCGGAGGCCGCCGACGGCCGGCCGGUCUACUGCAGGGACCGUUACUACCGGGCGCUCGCCGGCGGGCAGUACUGCAAGUGGGACGACCUGCUCAACUGAUAAAUAGCCAACGUAUAUAUAUAUCACUAUAUAUAUGGUAUUCUGCUAGAUUGGCAUGGGAAGCCUUAGCACAUGCAUGUAUUAUAUCGGAGCUAGUAACCAUGCACGUUAUGGCCCAUAUGGAUUCAACAGAACAUCUCAAGGGACUUGCAUAAUACAUUUUGUUUAGUAAUAAAUUUGGAUGUAACGUGGUGGUUGUUCAGUUUGACCACACAAUUAAGUCCAAGUCAAAUGGUACCAAUAUCAAUAGUACAUAGUAUUGACAGAAUUAAAAAAAAU